AUGUUCCCCAUGGAGAGAUCAAUAUCAUCAUCAGCUGAUGCGAGGGGCAAAAAUGAGGUCAACGCCGAUGAUCAGAUCAGCAAACUCUCCAACGACCUAUUGCUUAAGAUAUUGUCGACACUGUCCAUGGAAGAGAUUGUGAGGACAAGUGUUCUAUCAAAGCGAUGGGUGGAUGUGUGGAAGGAGACGUCUAGCCUUUUCUUAGACAUGCGAAGGCUCCCCAAAGUCACAAGUCCUCCGUCCAAUGUUACUCUUGAUGCUAAAUCUGUGACUAAGGUUAUAAAGGACCACCGUGGCCAUUUGGAAAGUUGCACAAUCUGCCACAACUCACGGCAAUGUGAAGACGGGGUGGUGGAGAAUUGGAUUCAAUUAUUGAUUCAUCAGAAACACAUCAAGCAGCUCAGUCUUGAAAGUUAUUUGGAACCAGCGAGAAAACCAACAAGAAUCACACUUAACCUGCCUCCAGAGUCACUUUCCCAUCCAAACCUGAAAUCACUCUCGCUAGGUUCCUACGCCUUUAACGCUCCACAUGCAUUCAACAACUGUAGGAAUCUAAAGCGGCUCAAACUCGAUGGCAUUCUCGCUGAGGUUGAAGUCUUUAAUGAAAUCCUUGCGUCUUGCUCUUCUCUCGAAGCUCUUACACUAGAUAUCACUUCCUUCGAAGGAAGUGGUUUUUUGGAGAUUGGGAACCCCAAAUUACAGUUCUUGGACCUAUCUUGUUCAAAGAUUGAUGGGGUUGAAGUGUCUACACACAGUCUGGAUAUCCUCUCCAUUAGAAGUCUCUCGUGUGCGUUUGAGAACUUCAUCAUCGCAAACCCUAGAUUUCAACAGUUUAGUAGAAACUUUUGGGCUACAGGACAUUGCUAUCCUCACACCAUCUAUGACAUAACCUGCUCCCAUCAGGAGAAGAAAAGCAUUGGGCAUGAACUCAUGACAAGCGGAUCCGGAUAUCUUAUGCAAAGUGGUGCAUCCCUGUCGGUGAGUGUAAAUAUGACAAACACAAAAGAGGUUGAGAUGCUCAAAGAAGUCUUUGCUGCAUGGCCUAACCCAUUGGCAGAAAUUGAGAUCGUGUUCAAGAACAACAAACUUCCUAUGGAAGAAGGUGAGUCUUCCAUUGGAAGGACACGUAAGAAGUUUUGGGAGAAUACAAGACAGCUUGCCAACGCUGGUUUACAUGCAUAUCGUGUAUGGCUAGUUAACUUAAGUGGUUCACAGGAAGAGUUUGAGUUAGCCUCGCAUUUGAUAACACAAGGGAUGGUGUUCAGACAUAUGAUGAUAAUUCCACUAUCGUCGUGUUCUCCAAGUAAGAAGCUUGAGAUAGAAACGGUAGUGGCGAAGCUAAAGAAACUUCCUAAACGCCACAAAGAACUUGAUAUCGAAAUAUGGUAA